CGUGAUCAUCAGUCUCAGGUUGCUGCUUUUUGGGAGCGUCUCCCACUUCGGCCUCACAGCUUCAAUUAGCCGGCACACUGGUGGAGGAGCGGCAGAGGAGAGCAGAGGAGAGAGAGAACAAGACCACAGAACACCACGAACGGAGGGAAAAGAAGAGGAGGAGGAAAGGAAAAAAGGGAACAGAAGAGUGGAGAACGACAACAGAGGAGAAGAAAGGAAGACAAGAGAUAACAGAAGAGAGAGCCAAACAUCUUCAUAGCUGGGGGCUAGUUACUAUACACAGGUUUGGGCAGCACCCCCACUUGUUCAAAACCUCCUUUUUUUGGACCGUUUUGUUUUGAGAGUGUGUGUGUGUGUGUGUGCCGUCUCUUGUCUGGACACCCCCCAAAUGAAAGCCAUGCUGCUGUUCCCCAACCUCCUGACUCUCUUGGUGAUCCUCCCCUUGGCUGUGCCCGCCAGCAGGGCACCGCUCCCCCGCCACGGCUUCCGCAAGAUCUGCCCCACCUGCAAGGACGCCUCGGGGGCCGGCAAGGGGGGCCGGGCAGCUGCUGGUGGUGGUGGUGCAGGGGCUGGUGGUGGUGGUGUGGCCACAGCAGGGGAGCGUCCGGUGGAGGAGAGCACGGCGGCACUGGGCCCAGGGGAGCUGUGCGGAGUCUACACUCUCGGCUGUGCCCGCGGGCUCCGCUGCAACCCCCCGCCGGGAGACCCCAACCCUCUCCACGCCCUGCUCCAGGGAAAAGGGGUCUGCAGCCAUCUCAGGAGCCCCACCACAGGCAACCCACAGACCACAGUAUCACAGCCAUCUACAACAAGUGAGGACUUUGAAAAGGGCCCGUGCCGAAAGGAACAGAACAGAAUUCUACCUGAUCUGGAGCUGAAGAUCAUCCAAUCGGAUCAUGUCAUUUACAUCCCUAACUGUGACAGAAGAGGUUUCUAUAGGAAGAAGCAGUGCAAGUCCUCGAGGGGGAUACAUCGUGGGGAGUGCUGGUGCGUGAAUGAAUUGGGAGCGCGGAUGCCGUCAAGAACAGCGGAGGACGGCACCGUUUUCUGCGAUGCGGUCUGAGGGGAGCCUCUAUUGCCACAGCGGCCCCUGGACCCCUUAGCCAAGUGUCUGCUUGUCUAUGGGCCUUUCAAAACCUAGUGCAGUGCACUUCCAAGUGUAUCAGCCUAAUUAGUCACACCCAGUGAUUGGAUACUCUUUAUUAGUCACACCCAGUGAUUGGAUAUUCCGUAGAGUUCACCAAAGAGUAUCCAAUCACUGGGCAUGAUUAAUUAGGCUGAUACACUUGGAAGUGCACUGCACUAGAUUUUGAGAAAGGCCCUGUGUGUCUGUCUGUCUGUCUCUGGCGUUGUUCAUAGAGUGUGGCGUGCAGUUAAGAAUACACAAACUACACAAUUACACAAGCCGACACAAACAAGCAAAUAUCCAUAAAAAGGGACCCUUUUCUGUAGGCUACACAGGCCUUCUUUAUGAAAGACACAAAAUGGAGUAGGUAUAAAAAAUGCAUAUUUCCAUUGGUGAGUGGUCUUGAUGUUUUCUUGUGGAGAACAUUCUGUACAUCUCCAUAAGCACAUUUCUAAUAAACUAGAAACUGGAAUAUGGCAUAGACAAGAAAUAGGCAAACUACAUAUGGAGGGACGCCAUACCACUGAAUUGUGAACAAUUACUGAAUGUGUAGUUUUCCGAGGAAGACAGAUGCUACCCUAAUAUGGGCCUGUUCUGAAUCAUAGCCAUUGACAACUUCAUGGUUUGCUGUGGUGUUUGAUGUUGCAAAUCAGUGCUCUUAUCAAGAUACUUUUGUAUAUUUACUUUUUUAUAAACCUAUAUAAGUUAAUUUGAAUUAUUUAACAAACUUUGUAUUUUUAUAAUAUAAUUUUCAUUGUUAUUUAUCUCUAUUGUGUACCUUUUUUUGUACCGUGAUGAACUUCCACCUGGUAUGGUGGACACUUAAAUGCCAUUCGAAAGCUCAU